AAAACCCAUAGUAAUUACUCUCUCCUCUUUCUUUUUCUCUUUCUCAUAUUGAGAAAUGAGAAAUGAGAAUCAGAGUAAUUUUAUACCAUUUUUUUUCUCUUUUUUCUCGUUGAGGGUAAAAGAUAGUAAAUAACUCAACAAACUCUCUUCUCUUCUCUUCUUGAAAAUUGGAAAGGAAAGAAAAAUGAGAAAUACCAAAUAAAGCUAAUUUUCUUUUUCCAUUUUAAGGUAUGAAUUCGUCAAUAAAUUGAGGGAGCAAUUUCAAGGCCUUGGCAUCUAUGAAAUGAACAAGGGUAAGGAAAAAAAACCCUCCUCCAAAAGAGUGAUUUUGAGUAGCAUUUACUUAUAAAAAAACAGAGGCAGCUGAAGAAAGUGAAAUUGAAGAUGUUUGCAGCAGAAAAUGGACUCAAAGGAGAUCCAAGGCUUCAAGCCAUAUCAGACUCUAUUAGGGUCAUCCCAGACUUUCCCAAACAAGGAAUAAUGUUUCAAGAUAUAACGACGUUGUUGUUAGAUCACAAGGCAUUCAAAGACACCGUCGAUAUUUUUGUUGAUCGCUAUAGAGACAUGGGUAUCUCUGUUGUUGCCGGAAUAGAGGCGAGAGGCUUCAUUUUCGGUCCAUCAAUUGCUUUAGCUAUUGGUGCCAAAUUUGUUCCUCUACGAAAGCCAAGAAAGUUACCAGGUGCUGUAAUUGCAGAACAUUAUGUUCUAGAGUACGGAAGUGACAAACUAGAGAUGCAUGUGGGGGCUGUAAACCCUGGUGAUCGUGCUUUAGUAAUUGAUGAUUUAGUAGCAACUGGUGGGACACUUUCCGCUGCAAUUCGACUUUUAGAACGCCAGGGGGCCGACGUCGUUGAAUGCGGUUGUGUCAUAGGAUUGCGGGACACCAAUGUAGGUGUUUUCUUUUCUUUUUUUUUUUUAAAAAAAUGUGGUGAAUUUCAAAUUCAUAUUGUAAUUUAUUUUGACAGGGUGAAAGUAGGCUUAAUGGAAAGCCUCUUUACAUUUUAAUUGAGCCACGUCAGAUGGAUAAUAAUUGAAGUGAAAUAGUUGGCUGUUGCUGCUGGGACUGGGAUUAUUAUUAAUAUUAUUGAUUUGGAAAAAGAACAAGAAAAUGUUUUGAGCAACUACUCAUUUGUUGUUUUUUAGAUACAUAUAUCAAUGUGUUUAGUUGGUUAUUAAUUUAGUACAUGUCUCAAUGAUUCUCCUGCCUACUUUUUGUAGAUUAUAUAUUGUUAAUACAUGUAUGGUCUUAUAAUCUUAUUAUUUCAUUUCUAGAUGUUAUCUGUAAUAGUCUUGGUAAGGUAUCAAAUAGAUUCCCUUACACUAGAAAAAAUAUAUAUAUAUAUAUAUAUAUAAUUGCGCUUUCCCUUCAAA